AUGAUAAAACCUGCUUUGCAAAUAUUAAUAACCAUUUCGGCAGUUUUAACAUCUUUCACUAAAUCUACUUCAUUCUCUUUAACUGUAAAAAAUUGUUUAAUUAUUGUUUUACCUUUGAUAGCAGGAACUAUUUUUCUAGUUUAUAGAAACAAUUCUACUAAAACUGAAUCAACUUCUCUUAACCAGAACCCUGUAAAUAAGGAUAACCUACCGUCCGACCAACCAAAUGAUUCACCUCAAUCUCCUAUAAUUCCGACCUCGGAAAGAAAAGAAAGAGUAAGGCAAUUGUUAGCCGAAGGAAAUGAAUUUUUACUAAAAACUAAUCCAAAACUGGUUCCGAUUCCGGAUGAUUUUAUUGGUGAAUUACUGGAAAAAGGCUAUAAAAGUGCCGUAAUAAAAAGUUUAGAAGUUAUAGAAACCGCAGAGGAUAAGGAAAAAAUUAAAGAAAAUACCUUCUUUUUUCUUCUUCCGAAUUCUCCAAAUCAAGAAGGAAAUUGUAGCGAUUUAGUAGUUAUCGUGCAACAAAUCCAACCAGAACAAAAUGGCCCAAUAAUAAAUAUAGAUGGAAGAAUUAUUUCCAGUGGACCUGAAAUUCCUUAUAUUAAAGAAAUCGUUAAGCAGGUCUUGAUUUGGGAAACUGACAAUCCUAACCAGUGGCAAGUUUCCAUUUUAAUUGUUAAUGAUUUAAGUGUUCCGCAAGGAGGAAAAUCCGGCGGAACCGCCCUUUAUCUAGGUUUAUUAUCGGCUCUCUAUAAGAAACCUUUACCUAAUGAUUUAGCAUCGUCGGGAUGCUUAGAAAUUAAGAAACGGGAAGUAUCAGGAGUAGCAAGUUUGAAAGCGAAAAUCGAGGCAGCCUUCAACAAAGGAGUAAAAAAUUUUCAAAAUAAAGAAGUGAUAUUUGAAAUUGACCAACUAGCCAGCAAAAGCGAUAAAUCUAUUCUUUGUCGUUAUGGUAAUACUACCGUUUUGUCAGUCUUAACAGUUAAGCAGUUAACAAAAAAUAAUAAUUCUUUUUUUCCUUUAACUAUUACUUUUGAAGAGAAGUUUUACGCAAUUGGAAGAAUCCCUAAUGCUUUUGGCAAAAGAGAGGGCAAACCUAGUUAUGACGCAAUUACUUCUGCUCGACUAAUUGAUCGUUCCCUACGAAGUUUUUUUCCUACUUCUGGCAAUCAGGAAGUUCAAAUAAAUAAUUCGAACCUACCCUAUUUCCACACUCCCCUGGCCGCCGUGAUAGUUGGACAAUCAGAAGAUAAUUUUGUCUGUAAUCCAAGUAAUGAAAAAUUGAACAAUUCUCCCUUGGAAUUAAUCGUCAGUGCUACCGAGGAAAAAAUUGUCAUGCUUGAAUCAGGAGCCCAAGAAAUAAGUAGUGAAGAAUUAGCCAAAGCAAUAGAAUUUGCUCACCGCGAAAUCCAACUACUAAUUGCAGAUAAAAUUCGCCCCCUAGAAAUCCAAAUUGACUAUUUACCAAAUGUUCAUGGGAGUGCAGUAUUUGCCCGGGGAGAAACCAAAGUUCUCUCCGUAGUGACUAUUGUCAAUGAAAUUGCUAGUUACCGUAGUGUUUCAAGGCGAGAAAUUGGUCAUGGAGAAUUAGUUGAAAAAACCUUCGAUUACUUAAUUCCCCACAACAAUAUCUUUCCCUACACAGUAAGAGUAGUUUCGGAAGUUCUUUCUUCAGAUGGUUCUUCCUCUCAGGCCUCAAUUUGUGCGACCUCUUUGGCUUUAAUGACUGCCGGAAUUCCUCUUCUAAGGCCAGCAGCAGGAAUAGCCUUGGGACUAUUCGAAGGACAGAUUUACACUGAUAUUAAUGGCUUAGAGGAUAAGUUAGGAGAAAUGGACUUUAAAAUUGCCGGCACUGAAAAAGGCAUUUGUUCGGUACAAUUAGACGUCAAAAACCAAGGUAUUAGCCCUGAAUUGUUAAAAGAGUGUUUAGAAAAAUCCCAGCGGGCCCGCCUCUAUCUGUUGGAGGAAAUGAAGAAGUACAUUUUCCAUCCCCGUCUGACUUUGCCAGCUCAGGUUAUCAAAUGUCGAAGAUUUUAUGUCGGACAGGAAAAGAUCGGGUUAGUCAUUGGACCCCGUGGUAAAACUAUUAAUCAAUUAACUGAAAAAAAUGGAACAACUAUUGAGGUUCAAAAUGACGGCCACAUACUAAUCUAUCAUCAAGAAGAAGAAGAAUUAGAAGCAACUUUCCGAGCAAUUCAAGACAUAAUUAGAGGAAGAUAG